AUGAUUCUUGAUUUGAAUUGGAGCGGUGGGUACACAAUAUUUAAUAGAUAAUUACUGAGGUUCGCAGCAUUAUACCCAAUAAUGCUGCGAACCGAAGUAAUUAACUAUUAUAAUUAUUGACCCUCAUAAAAUCCUAUUGUUCUCUCUCUGCAUUACAUCGACGAUUUCAGUCGCCCCUUCAUAUUGAUGUUUUGGUACACCAACAAUGCAACUGGCAAGCAUUGUCCAGUAAUAAUACAAAUUGCAUAAUCCUUUUUCAUUCCCCAAUUCAGCCAUUGUUAACUACUUGCAAAGAUGAUAUAAUCAUUGACUCUCAUGAAAUCCUACUAUUUUCUCUCUCUAACAAUGCAAUUAGCACGUAUUGUCUAGUAGUUAUACAAAUUACAUAACCCUUUUCAUUUCCCGGAAUUUAGUCAUUGUUAAAUCCUUGUAAAGAUUAUGUAACUUUCCACAUCUUUCAGGUGUGUGAUUGAAUUUCAUGCAAACGUAAUUUGCAUUGUAUAUUAACGCAAUGCACUUGGUUAUUUGAGUUGUUUGUUGGAAGGCAAAGAGUUGCUACUCUUUUGAAGCUUGAUGGAGGAUUCUUCGGAAGACGAAUCUGCCAUUUUCAUAACACAGAGCCAGAGGUCGGAAAAUGCCGCUGCCGUUGAAGGUAAUUACGCUUUAACUUUUUGGGGGUCAUUUUUAAACGACUAAGAAAAGCUUUCCUUGUAUUUUGUUAUUGUUUAUAGAAGAGUAAAGAUUCAGAAAACCAAUUACGUCUGUUGAGUGUGAAAAAUUUGAAGAAAGUUGGGUGUCAGACUCAAGUCGUCGAAAAUGGGCGUGGGUGCUGAAAGUCUUUGAUCAGUGGAUGGUUGAGAGAAAUAAAGCCGUAAAUGAAAUGAGUUAUAGUGGUGAACCGUUGAUAAACGAGAAUCUAGAUGAAAUGUCUGAAGAGCAGCUGGAUUUUGUCUUGGCUCGAUUUAUUGCCGAAGUUAGAAAAGAAGAUGGACAAGAAUAUCCAGGAAAGACUUUAUAUGAAAUGAUAAGUAGUAUUCAAACGUUUUUACGUGUGAAAUGUAAGAGAAAUGUGACUUUGAUUGACAAAACAGGUUGUAAAUUUAGAAGUUUGAAUUCAGCUUUGAACUUUCAAAUGAAAGAAAAAGCUGGGCAAGGAAUAGGCUUAGUUGUCAACAAGGCUAAUCUUAUUACGGAGGAACAAGAAAACUAUUUGUGGGAAAACGGGUUUUAGGGAGCGACAACGCAGAGCUGCUUUGCCACACUUUGGUCUGGGUUUUGGCAUUCAGUUUGCUCUAAGGGCUGGGCAGGAACACAGGAAUUUGAGAUUUAAAACUCACAGUUAUCGCUACAAAGUGACGAAUCGGGUAAUGAAUUCUUACAGUAUAUGGAGGAUAUCAGUAAAACUAAUAAUGGCGGUUUGAGCCAUUUGCGUAUCAAAAGGAAAGUUGUUCGGGCAUAUAAGAACUUAACCAAUGUAGAGCGUUGCCCAGUUGAGCUGUAUAAUAAAAUACGUAUCUCACGUGCCGAAAGAAAUCAGUGACAACGCAUUCUAUUUGCGGGCUUUGCCAAAGCCAAAAGGGGACGUAUGGUAUUAUAAUAAAGCUAUGGGGAGGGAAACGUUAGGGAACGUAGUUAAGAAUAUUAUGCGAAGAGCAGGUUUUGAGGGGCACUUUACAAAUCAUUCCCUUUGACGAAGUUGCGCCACACGAUUGUACGAAGGUGGUGUGCCAGAACAAGUUAUUGUAGAAACCACUGGUCACCGAUCAUGUGAUGGGGUUAGGGAGUAUAAGUGUACCUCAUCAACACUUAAAAGGAAAGCAAGUGAAAUCUUGCAGGGAGCGACUCCUAGGAGGGCAGAAAUAGACGUCAAGGAAAAAAAUGAAAAACUGUUUAACAAUGAUGUUGAGCAAAAAUAUGAUGGACAAAGGGAAGAAACAGGGUUACAGGGGUUAGGCGAAAAGGUUUUAGACGAAAACCAGAGCGAAGAUUAUAAUCAGUCAGUUGUAAUUAGUACUCACGGUACGAAAAUUGUUAUUUCUUACAAGUGAGAAAGACUGUCAUUGUCAGAUGUGCCCUAAAUAAACUGUAAAAUGUUUUCGUCUGUACGUCUCCUGGAAUGGUACUUCUCAUGGUGUAUUCAUUUACUUUUUAACUUCAGAUCUUCAUCAUAAAUUAUGCGCGGACAUUCGCAAAUUUUCAGAAAUUACUGAGUGGAAAAGUAACGAAGUAAAUACCACAGUCAUGCAGCAAUAUUAAAAAUAUUGCUGGAAGCAGGCUGCAUUAUUAAAAAUAUUGCAGUGCAGCCAGCCCACUGCAAUAUUGAACGUUUUAGCGCGUUUAGGAUUACCCCUGAUAAUUUCCCUGCUACCAAAAAGGACCGCCACCGUUUUCCUCAGACAGUUGGACUUGACUGAAUAUGAAUAUUUUCUCAGGCCGAAAUCGCCGAUAUAAUGCUGAGAGAGAACAAUAGGAUUUUAUGAGGGUCAGUAAUUAUUACUUC